GCGGGCGACGUCAGGCCGCCGGCGCGGGGCUGAGCUUGUGGCAGAAGGGAGAUUCUGCAUCCAUACAUGUAAGAGAAGCAAAAAUGUCCGAUGAUAUCAGGAAAAGGUUUGAAUUUCCAAAUUCUUUUAUCCAAUCACAGGCUGUUGGUCAUCUUAUUGUUGCAGUCCUAAAGGAAAAUAGGUUUUCAGAAAAGAUCCAUCAAUCCACAAACCAGACUCCUGCUUUGAACUUGCUGUGGGAGAAGUGCUGCAGUGAUAAUGUGGUGGUUCGAACAGCCUGCUGCGAAGGUCUGGUGGCACUUGUGGCUCAGGAUCAUGCAGAGUUCAGCUAUGUUCUCAACGGGAUACUCAACCUGAUUCCAUCCUCCAGGAAUACACAGGGCUUGAUAAAAACCAUUAUGAAAUUAUUACGAAUGCAGGCUCUUAAGGAAGGACAAGCUGGGGAGAAGGAUGUUCAGGAUAUGUAUACUAUUAGAAAUCACCCUCAGCCUUUGAUCACUGUGCUUGAACAUAGACCUGAUUGCUGGCCAGUACUUUUGCAGCAGCUGACAGCUUUUUUCCAGCAAUGCCCUGAAAGGUCAGAAGUUUCAUGUCUCCAAAUAAUGGCGCCAUUUCUCUGGUAUCUAUAUUGUGAACCGUCCCAGUUACAAGAAUAUGCUAAACUCCGACUAGCCCUACUAAAAGUUUUGCUUCAACCCCGAGUUCUUUGUGACAAAGAACAACCAUCAAUAUUGGAACAACAUAUACUUCAGCUGUGCUGUGACAUGGUUCCGUGUUUGCAGAUCAAAGAUUUGAUACAGGCAACGGAAGUGAUGCUGUUUAUCGAGGAAGUAUAUGUAAGCCUUUUGCGUCAUCCUGUUUUCUGGAAAAUUCAGCUUACACAGCUGACCCUUCAGUUGCUGUGUGUCUGUGAAGUCAGCUUAAAGAUAACUGGGGAAUGUUCAUCUUUAAUUCACCUUUUAGAACUCAGUGUUGAACUUCUGAAGGAGAAUCCAACUUUGAAGCUCCUGUCUUUUGCUGGGGAUCAGAAAAUUCCAAAGUCAUCCUUGCUGCUAGUGAUGCCAGUGCUACAGAUACUGUCUUCUACUGCCUUGGAAGACUGCAUGUCCGUGGAUGAAGACGGUCCAUCGAGGCAGCAGUUGGCUCUGAACAUUUUGGGAAUCGUACAGCAGGAGUGCUACAGAGACAACCAGCCAAAGCCGUCCUGCAAGCUUGUCUUCCCCAUAACCAGCACAUAUGGUUCAAUGUUUGCAGCCUGGAGGAUCCUUGAAGUAAUGAGAGAAGAGUCUGCAGCAAGUGACUGGUUGGCUUCAGUCGAGUCAUUGCUGCCUGUUACUACAGUGAUCCCUGUGCAUGUUUUUCUCCUGCUGGCCCACCUCCUUGUUGAAGAUAAAGGACAAAAUCUUUGCCAAAUACUAAAGGUCACUACAAAGUUAGCCCAAGCAGAUUCCUCUCAGGUACCAAAUUUAAUUCCAGUUCUAAUGUUCAAAUUGGGAAAACCACUGAAACCUGUAUUAUACAAUGAUAUCUUGUAUACUUUACCUACGCUUGGUGUUCACAAGGUGUGCAUAGGACAAAUUCUACGAGUCAUCCAACUUCUUGGAACUACUCCACAGCUAAGUGCUGUCUCUUUGCGUUUGUUGACAUCUUUGUGGGAAAAGCAGGAUCGUGUCUAUCCUGAGCUGCAGCAUUUCAUGGCCAUGUCCAACGCGCCCUCUUUGUCUGUGGGGAAGGAAGUCCAAUGGGAGAAACUGAUUGCUAAAGCAGCAUCCAUCAGAGAUAUAUGUAAGCGAAGGCCCUAUCAGCAUGGUGCAGAUAUGUUGGCAGCUAUUUCCCAGGUGUUGAAUGAAUGCACCAAGCCCGAUCAAGCAACUCCGGCAGCCUUGGUGUUACAAGGUCUUCAUGCACUCUGCCAAGCUGAGGUGGUUUGUAUUCGCUCCACUUGGAAUGCUCUCUCCCCAAAGCUGAGCUGUGACACGAGACCUCUCAUUUUGAAGACCCUCAGUGAACUGUUUUCUCUGGUUCCUUCCUUAACAGUCAAUACAGCUGAAUAUGAGAAUUUUAAAGUUCAAGUCCUCAGCUUCCUCUGGACGCACACCCAAAACAAGGACCCAGUUGUAGCAAGUGCUGCAUAUAAAUCUCUCUCACACUUCAGUGCCGGAGAGCACACCAUUCUUCAUCUACCUGAACAGAUAAGACCAGAAACCUACAUGCCUGCUGAGCGAGAUGAAGAUGAAGAUGAUGAGGAAAAGGAUGUGGAUCUUUCGGUUUCUGGCUCUUGCUAUCUCAAACUAUUGUCACUCACUGCACCUUUGGUUUUACCAGCUUUGGAGGAAUUUUUUACAUCGCUUGUGAAGCAGGAAAUGGUGAAUAUGCCCCGUGGGGUGUAUUACUCUGCGUUAAGAGGAGGUACAUGCUCAGACCAAGGAAAGACUAUAGCGGGAAUCCCCAAUUUUAUGUUGAAAAUGUAUGAAAACAACAAGCAACCAGGUUUAAAACCUGGCCUUGCAGGUGGUAUGUUGUUUUGUUACGAUGUUUCAAUGUAUCAGAGUAAAGAUGGCAAACCAUUGAAUCGACUGAUGGCCAGUAGAGGGCGAAGUUUCAAGCAGACCUCACUUGCUCUAGUGCAUGAGGUUCACAUCCAGCUUUCAGAAUGGCACCGUGCCAUUUUUCUCCCACAAGCAUGGCUGGCAUAUAUGAGUCGAGCUUAUCAUGCUAUUUUACAGGGAAGAAUAGCAGAGCUGGAGUUGCAGCUAAAGCAUGGAAAAGAAGCAGCUGAGGAGGUGCAAUACAAAAAAAGCACAGCCUGGCUCUGGGUCCGAGAUAUGUUGACUAAUGAGAUCACCAAGUCAGCUGCAAAGGACAGCCCAGUGGUCAAAGGCAAUGCGCUGUUGGCCUUAAGCGGCCUUGCUGUCAUCGUAUCCAAACAUGAAGCCAGCCUCUCUUCAGACGCUGAGGGGGCCCAGGAGGUUCAACCUAAUUUCCUUUCAAUGAAAGAAUGGGUUUCCAUGGUGUUUGAUACUCUUCUGGUCAUUGUGGAUAGCCAUUACCAACCCAGGGGACAACUUUUUUCCUCGUUUUAUUAUAAAUCCUACUCUGGUGAAAACACAGCUAGUGCCAUCGCCCGUUCCGCGGCUGCCACGGCUUUGUCUCUCCUUGUGCCAGUUUUCAUUAUCUCUUGCAAAGAGAAGGUUGAGGAAAUCCUGAACAUGCUGACUGCCAGGUUACCUGGGAAACCAAGUGCUGAUGAGUCUCAAGCCGUGCAGAUCCACAUGGGCCUUGCUUUGGGGAUGUUUCUCUCUCGCUUGUGUGAGGAGAAAGUCAGCGAUAUAUCUGGCCAACAGAUGAACCUUCUUCUAAUGAAGUCUUUGGAUGCCCUGGAAAACUGCUGCUUUGACACUAGUCUUGAAUACAACACGGGCUGUAUAUUGGGAGUUGGACUUGUUCUGUCCCUCAUGAGCCACAGCACCCAGGUGGAGUCGCGCGUUCACGUGGCAGCAUCACUUCAGAAGCUGUCCGCAUACCUUGACGACAGUGGGGGCCAGAGCAGAACAUUUCAGGAGGUCCUUGCCUAUACCCUUAGCUGUGUAUGUACAUCAGCAUUCAGUGCUGGAAUUAUAGAAGCUACAGAGGCUGAAGAUAUUAUGAACAAGCUGCGACUGUUGGUGGAGAACAACCAGCAGACUUCAGGUUUUGCCUUGGCGUUAGGAAACAUAAUUCAUGGUUUGUCUGCGUGUGGACAUGGAAAAGCUGAAGACUUGGGCAACAAACUGCUCCCUGCCUGGAUCAGAAUUGUUCUAGCAGAGGUAGCGGUCACCAUGUGCAUCUCGGAAUGUCAUUAUUUACUUUUUCUGGGAUGUUGGGUUGGGUAUUUCUCCUUUGUCUUUCAGCUGAAGUCAGAAGCCAUCCAGACUUCUCAUUUUCAAGCCAGACUUAAUGAAGUCAUCAGAACCUUAACUCAGGUCAUUGGUGUAUCUGGGGUGAUUGGCCUUCAGUCCAAUGCAAUCUGGCUUCUAGGACAUCUUCACCUAUCUACUCUGUCCUCAAAUCAAAGGAGAACCUCUGUUCCUCCUGAUUAUAGCUAUUUGCCUGAGAGCAGUUUUAUUAGAGCAGCCAUUGGCUUCUUCAUUACAGGAGGAAAAAAAGGUCCUGAAUCUGUGCCUCCUUCCCUUCUCAAGAUUGUGAUGAAACCCAUAGCAACCGUUGGCGAAAGCUACCAGUACCCUCCUGUGAACUGGGCUGCACUCCUCUCUCCACUUAUGAGGCUAAACUUCGGUGAAGAGAUACAACAACUGUGCCUUGAAAUCUCGGUGACCCAGGCACAGUCAUCCCAGAAUGCAGCUGCACUGUUGGGAUUGUGGGUGAUGCCACCCCUGAUUCAUGGCCUGAGUAUGAAUAUCAAGAAGUACCUCCUGGUAUCUGCGCCUCUGUGGAUCAAACACGUCUCUGAUGAACAGAUCCUGGAUUUUGUUGAAAACUUAAUGGUAGCAGUUUUUGAAGCAGAUUCCCCACUUUUCCAGCGUGAGUUAUGCCCGAGUGCCCUGCAGGGUCUGAGCCAGGCCAUGAAGCUGCCCAGCCCUGCCUACCACCUCUGGAGUCUGCUCUGUGGAGCUACUGGGAAAAUUUUUUAUCUUCUGCCAAAUAAGAUUCGGAGAAAUGACCUGGAGCUGUAUAUCUGUGUAGCAAAAUGCCUCUUGGAAAUGACAGAUGAUGAAGCCAAUCGGGUUGCCCUCAUUACUGAGAGCAGCAUAGAAAAGGCUGCCUUUGUCAGACUGUACUUGGUCUCCCAAGGACGGUUCCCCUUGAUGGGCUUGACUGACAUGCUCAGCGUUGCUGUUCAGCACCAGGAAAAGGACGUGCUGGCCUGGAUGUUACUGCACAGCUUAUACCAGGCACGGAUUGCCAGCCAUGACAACACAGGCAUGUUGAAGAGAAUGGAAUGGCUCUUGGAACUGAUGGGUUACAUCAGAAAUAUUGCAUACCAGUCAACAUCUGUUCAGAACGUGGCCCUGGAUGAGGCUUUGGACUUCCUGUUGCUGGUAUUUGCAAAUGUGGUAGUUGCAUGGGCAGACCAUGCUGCCCCUCUCCUUCUCGGCCUCAGUGCCAGUUGGUUGCCAUGGCAUCAGGAAAAUGGCCCGGCUAGGCCAGCAUCGAGCUUCCUUGGCAGAAGUCCAAUGCACAGGGUCACUCUGCAGGAGGCUCUUACUCUCCUUCCUAGUAGCAUGCUUCUUCUGCUGCAGAAAGAGCCAUGGAAGGAACAGACCCAGAAGUUCAUUGACUGGCUAUUCAACCUCAUGGAAAGCCCUAAAGGAGCCCUCUCUGCAAAGUCCAGGGAUCUUUUAAAAGCCACCCUGCUGUCCUUGAGAGUUCUCCCAGAGUUUAAGAAGAAAGCCAUAUGGACCAGAGCAUACGGUUGGUGACCAGUUUUGCGGUAGCCAGCCACAUUCUCAGAUGGAAGACGAAAACCACACAAAUGGAAGAAAUUUUUUAGAAUUCGUAUCUGGGAUCACUGAGACGUGAAUCCAAGAGUUAAGGAUCAUGAAAGGGUGGCCACAUAACUGACAGCCUGAACCGUACAUGCCAGGAUAGGGGGCAUUGCUUCAGUACCCAGGUCAGUGGAGACUGAAACAAGAACUUGAACUAUCUUUUAUUUGGCUAGAGUUCAAGCUGAAUAUUUUCUUUGUGAAAACUGACUAUAUCAUCUCCUCCCCCCUAAAUUCAAGUAAAAUAAUCUUGUGAAUUUUGUGCAUGUGACUUUUGUUUGAAGGCACAGGGAAGGUUUUAUUAGCAAAACCAAACUAUAGUGCUGACAGUGGCAUCAUGAUCUAUUUCCCAUGAAGUCUCUAGAGGAUAUUUAUUGAGUCAAUGAGUUAGACAUGUUUUCUUAUUCUUAUUGAUGAAAUAGUCUCUUGGAACUGCUAUACACUUUUAAAUAAUGAGCAUGGUGUUAAACAUUA